AUGAAGAGAGGGCGGCUCCUCUUUGCGCUUUGGUGCUUCAGCAUCCAGGCAGGGACGGUCUGCCCCACAGGUCUGACAUGUGUGAGCGACUAUUACCAAAACAUCAGCUGCACGUUCGAUGCGCUGGACCAACCCAGCACCCACUACCUGACCAUCAAAGGGGAAAAAUGUCCACUCACAGCUGUGGAUCACAAAUUCAGAGCCGACUGUCGGGUCUUUAAAGAUAGAAAUUAUUUCAGUACAGAGGAUAAAGUCGACAUCUACCUCUGUAAUAGUUCCAGCUGCAGAUGUAUCCGAAAUGAUUUCUUUCCAUCUAAAAAAAUUAAGCUGACGCCGCCUGACAUUAAGGUCCAGCAUGCAGCAGAGACCAUCAAAGUUACUACUAUAGGAACAUCGGAAAACCCUUACUUAGAGGGUUUCCUGGAAUUUCAAAUGGCCCUUCAGAGAUCUGGCAGCAGCGAUAUCAGAAAUGCAUUCUAUAACUCGACCGGAGCGUAUUUUACGAUUGAAAGAUCGACUCUGCAACCAGGAGCUCAGUACUGCGUCAAAGUCCGCCUCACGGUUCAGAAGGGAUACAUUUAUGAAGCCGUUUGGAGUGACUGGAGUAGAGCCGAGUGCUGGACAGUCGACAAAGAACAAGAUGGCCUUUUGAUCAUUCUGGUGAAAACCUUGGGCCCGGUGGGUCUGUCUGUUGUGGUCCUGCUGUCUGUGUGCUGCAGUCCCACCGCCAGAAUGAAGCUGAAAACUCUGUCCCACACGCCGACCCCAGCCACCUUCUUUCAGCCUCUGUUCCAGCAGGACAAGAAAAAUCUGCAGGAGUGGUUCUCAAAAAACAGAAAUUUUGUGCUGGCAUACAAAACUGAAGAGGACUUGAGGGCCGACUCUGUGACUGUUGUGCCCAGAACCACGACAAAGGAGCGUGAGGAGAUCGUCCCUGACUCCUCUGUGACCCCCUUCGUGCUCCCUAUGGCUUUCCCUGUGGGUCAGCUCUCCUACGUCGGCUUACCUGGAUUCCAUGAGGCUCCGGCUCCAGUGCUCAACGCCGGGGACGGUCAAUACACCCAGCUCCCGUGUCCCGCCUGGGAAUUCGGCAUCUCAGAAGGGGAGUUAGCAUCUUCUUCGUCUGAAAGCCCCCUAGAGAUCAGCAACGCCGACUCUGGCUGCAGCUGUGAAGGCCUGAGCAGUAGCCCAGACUGCAGUUUACCCAGCAGCCCCUUUGGUAAAUGUGUGCCGCUGCAGUUCGGCCAGGAUUACUGCAUCCUUAACAAAACAACCGAGGGGGUUGUUCCUGUUCUGGUGUCCAAAAUACAGGUUUCCUCUGACGUCCUGCAAGAAAAAGAUCCAAACCAGAGCUGAUCAGACUGAGCACUGCAGGAGGCUUUGACAAAACAUUUUAUUCUUCCUCAUGACUGUUUUCAGCAGCUGCAUCCUUUACGGUUGGAUUUAUUUCUUUAAGCAAACAGCACAACUUCUGCCUUACUACUUUUUAUUAAAAUGUUGUAUUUCUGCAUGUUUAAAGAGUUUUUUGUUUAAAAAAAACUUUGCA